AUGCAAGCCCCUCCUCUUCCUCCGUGCAUCAUGGAAAUGAUGGACAAAGACCCCGAGGCCCCCCCGGCCCCCGUGGCCUGCCCGGUCAUCGCCUCCAACCCCAGCUUCAUCUGCAUCACGGCCAAGUCUCCCCAGGCAGCCGCGGAGUUUGUGCUCCCCGACAUCAGCACCAUCCAGCAGUUCAAGGAGGAACUCUCCAAGCACUUCAACUGCGAGACCAGCCAGCUCGUGCUCGUGUUCUUUGGCAGGAUCCUGAAGGAUCCAGACACCCUCCGGCAGUGCGGCAUUGGGGAUGGCAUGACCGUCCACUUGCUGAUCCGAGCCUUGAAGAGAGACCAGGAGAACCCGCCCCAGGUGUCGUAUGGGCCCAGGGCCUCGGCUUGUGCCCUGAUACCCUCCGGCGGCAGCCUCCCCUCCCCCACGUUUAGCCCAAGCACGCGGAGCUCAUGGCCCCCGCUGGAGGUGAACCCCUCCUUUGCGGAAUGGCAGGUGGUGCCCACCUCGGAGAUGAUCAUCCAGAAGGUGCGGCAAGUGAUUCUGGCCAACCCUGAGAUCCAGCAACUGGCUCAGCAGGUCCCGGCCAUCAGCCACAUCCUUAACAACAUGGACAUCAUGAGGGUGAUCCUGGACAAGAUGCGGGAGAUAAUGGACCUUGCGAAGAACCCUGACCUGAUGCAGGACCCGAAGAGCCCCGAGCCGGCAUUGGUCAGCCUUCAGAGCAGCAUCCCUGGAGGGGACAACCCCUUGAGGCAGCUGAACACGGAGGCUCAGGAGCCCGGGCUGAACGUGCCCCAGGACCUCUUCACCAUGUCCAGCCCUUUUGGCACCCUGGCGAGGAACCCCUGCCCAGAGCGCGCAGGCCUGAGCGACCUGGGCUCCCACCUGGACAGCCCGGAGCACCCCGUUCCGUUCCCGCUCUCUCUCAGCUCUACCAGCCUUUGUACCAACAGCUCUUGCCUUGACGAGGGCGGGGCCUUCUGCAGCCUGGCCCACCCCCUUGGGCACAGCUCAUCCCUGCCCAACCUCACGCCCCCCUCUGGGGCAGGAGCGCUUGGGGCAGGGGGCAUCCAGGCCCUGGAGGCCACGGAGAUCCCCGUGCUGAUUGUGAACCUGUGCAACGCCUACACCAAGCGCAUGAUGCUCUCGCUCAUGCAGAACGCGUUGCUGGCCUCGGAGGGGAUGCAGGCGGCCUCUCAGGAGCAGGUCCAGCAGCAGGUGCUGCACUUCUCCCGGCAGAUGCAGAGGCCGGAGAUGGUGGCCGCCAUGUCCAACCCCAAGGCCAUCCAGGCCUGGGUGCAGAUGGAGCAGGGCUUGCAGGCCCUGGUGGCAGAAGCGCCCGUGCUCAUCCCCUGGUUCGUGCUGCGCUUGAGAGGGCUGGGCUACUCGGCCGGGGCGAACCCUUGGCCCAGCGACGCUCCGUGCCAAGAAGCGGCUGCUCUGGAAUAG